AUGGAUUAUAACGAGGAAGGUGCAAUUAUCCCGGAAUUAUUAGCUUCAGAACAGCGGAUUACCAAAAUAAAAAGUGAAAUCGAUAAGUUCGAACAAGUAUACAAUCGAGUUUCGAAUGGAUUCGGAAAUACUAAACUUCUGAAUGAUGAAUAUCAUGCUGUGAUCGUGUCCACUCGUGAUUUAUCUACACAUUUAGCCAAUCUACAGAAGUUCUUGUUAGAACUAAAGGCUUUGGACGAGAACCUCAACCAUCAUUAUUCAUCCAUUGUUCAGCGUAAUACAGUGAAGCGUUCCACACUGAUCGCUGCCAAACUCAUAAUGCGUAUAGGGUAA